GGGAUAAUGAAACCUAAAUCCAGUUGUAUUUGGAACUACUUUAAUGAAGUUAAUUCAAAUUCGGCAAAGUGUAAACUGUGUAUGAAGACGUAUUCAAGAAAGGGAGGUACGACAACGUCCUUAAAAAGUCAUUUGAAGUCUGUCCAUGCCACUGAAUAUGAAGAAUUCAUUAAGUCAGAAACUGAAAAAAAAAGAUACUACACUUGGACCGAACCAAGUUCGAAUGUGUCUUUAUUGAGUCUGACAGCGCAUGGCAUAAAUAGAGAUUUUAAAAGGCUAAAAUUUAUUUUAAAAUGCCAUACAUUUGACGGAAGACAUACAGGAGAUCUAGUUCUUGAAAAAAUUAACAGUAUGUUGAUGGAAUGGGGCAUCAUAAAAGAGAAAAUUUAUUGUUUUGUACGCGACUCAGGAUCUAAUAUGAUAAGAGCAAUGAAACUCGGCGACUUACCUGAUGUCAGUUGCACUGUACAUCAGUUGCAACUGUGUGUGCGAACAUUGUUAGAUUCUGAUGAAGAAAUUAAAGCCUUAUUAUCGAAACGCAAAAAAUUUUCGACGCUUAAUCAUUCCCAAAUAGCUCAGACUGAAGAGAAAAUUGAAACGGAAAUAAUGUCACUAUUUGAUGCAGACACAUUUAAAAACGAGGCUGAUAAUAUUGGCGCUCCUGUAGAAAAACGGGCAAGAAUGGAAUUACCAGCAGAAGCUAGCCAUAGUAAUGUCCAAACAGUUUUGUCGAAUAUAUUGUUUAGUGAUAGUGAUGAAGACGAUGAUGAUACAACAUCUGGAAGAUGCAUUUUUGACAAAUUUGUUGACCGCCUGUCUUCUGAUUUACUUAAAUUGCCAAAAAGUGAAUAUGAAGACAUUGACAACCCUGAAUAUCAAUAA